CCCCCGAGGUGCUCUAGAGCGCGCCAAUGUGCAUACUGGAAAGCGGCUAUGAAUAAUUCAUAGCUGGAGUGCGUUCGAAAUCACCCUGGGCGUCACACCGUCACACCGAGUGUAAACCAGCCAUGAAUAAUUCAUUGCCGGUGUGCACUCGGUGUGACGCCCAGGGUGAUUUCGAACGCACUCCAGAAGUUACACUGAUAUGACAGUGACAGUAUUGACACUGAUGUCAGAUGUGUGAAGUGGCAUUCGCGCUUGCAUCAACAAUCAACAACAAACAUGGCGGAUCUCUCUAAAGUAUCAUGUACUUAUUGCCAGGAAGAUAUAAACACAGUCCCUAUACAGUGCUGCGAAUGCCCCAAUUUCUAUAUCUGCAUUCAGUGUUUCGUAGUUGGAGCUGAAAUUGGCCCGCACAAAAAUGACCAUUCAUAUAAAUUUAAGGAUAAUUGUUCAGUCAGAAUAUUCGGAGGACGAGGAGCUUGGACUGGACGAGAACACCUUCAAUUACUGGACGCCGCCGAACUAUAUUCGUUUACAAACUGGGAAGGGAUAGCUCAACAACUUGAGAAUAGAACUGCAGAAGAAUGCCGAGAAGAAUUUACCGCCCGAUAUUUGGACGGAAACAUUGGGAAAGCGAUGUGGUCGAAAAUUUCCAAACCUAAUAUCAUCAUUGAUUUAGUGGAAGACGACGGGCCACUCUCACAAGAUGCAAUAUCUAAACUUGCUCCUCUAGAUGCUACACUCGAGGAAGCUAAAAUAUUAGGAUACAAACCACAUAGGGAUGAUUUUGAGAGGGAGUACAAUCCAGAAGCUGAACAAUUAAUAGCAGACAUUCCAGAGGAAGACAAUGAUUACAAAGUUGAUAAAGCUCUUAGAUUGGCCAUCGUUGAUAUGUACACUAGGAGGCUAAGGGAAAGGCAAAGAAGAAAACGAAUAGUGAGAGACUAUCAACUAGUUGCCAAAUAUUUCGAUAAUUUAAGACGAGAUCCUUCACAACCGUUAUUUGGCAAAGAACAAAAAGAGCUACGUGAUAAUAUGCGUAUCUUUGCACAAUUCCUCAAUGCAGGAGAGCACGAGCGGUUUAUAGCAAGCAUUGAACGGGAAAGGGAACUUAGGCAUCGCCUAUCUGAAUUAUUAAGAUACAGAAGCCUAGGAAUGACUACUCAAGAAGAAAUUGUGCAUUAUGAGCAGCACGUUGCCUAUCAGAAACAGCAAAUUAGACAUGGGAAGACUGGCAGCAGUGGCUUUGCGAUGGGAAUACAGGGCCUCAAUCAGUCUCUGUCAUCAGAAAACGGAAACGUCGAAGCCGUAUCAAGUUUCAUAGACGGAAGAACCACGUGGCCGUCCGAAAGCGAUUCAGGGUGCGACAACGGGGCGGCGCUGCCAGGAAGGGCGGAAGAGUUCUUGAUAGAUCCGGUGGCAGUGGCACCGAUAACGCCCAGUUGGACGAUGACGGUAACCCAAACGGUAUCGUCGCAGAUGAGGAGUAGCAGUGCAAAUCCGUCUUGGUUGAAUUUACGCCUGUUGCCUUUUGGCAAGUGGCUGAGUAAACAGGAGAUACAGCUAUGCGAGCAUUUCCAAAUUCAACCAAGUACCUAUGUCCACAUGAAGACAUUUCUCAUUGAGGACAAUUUGCUCACUCCAGGAAAGUACCAGCACAUAUUUAAACGUGAAGUAGACGAAUGCACAGGCGUCAAAGACGUGGUUACUAAAUUUUUGGGCAUUAACGGUUUAUUACCUGGCGUUUCGGCUAAAUGACCUUUGGCACCGGAGCUGGAUUCUCUGGAAUCACAGGACGAAAUUAAUUUUCUCGGGAACGAUGAUGAUUACUUUUCAGGCAUCGAAUUUACUCCCGAUUUACAAUAUGUAUAGUUUGGUGGUCUUUUUAAACUGGAAUUAUUCUGCUUCAUUUCUCUACUGCUACUCUGCUGGACUCUUUGAGUUAAUUUUUAAUUUCUGGCAACUGAAAGUACGUGCAGUGUGCUAAUUUUAAUUUGAAAAUAAAUUUUCCUAUUUUUAAGUUUUACUUUUACUAAGUAACCCGUUUUAAAGCGUUUUUUUUUUUACUGCAAGAUCUUCAGACUUUAAAUACACUGGUCAGCAAAAUUAACGCACCACUUACUUAUUUCUAUUUUAAUGAGGUUGGAAUUGUAACUAUGGAUUGGCUAGCAAACAGUUCUGAUUUUUACCCAAUUGAGGAUGGCUGGGACAUGAUCUGUCGCCAUUAUUAAGAGCUUCCUAACCCUCCACACUUUGAAUGGGCUUACUGGAGAUAUUGUCAAAAUAUGGAAUAAUUUGGAUUAAAGCGAGAUAAGGCCCGUAAUUUUAACAUGAAAAAUUGCUGCCGUGCUAUUAUUUAAAAUAGAGAAGGAAAUAUCGGUUAUUAAUUAUUUUUAACUAAACUUGAAUUUUUUUUUUUUCAUAUUUUCUUGUUUUUUUUUUUCUUACCUUCUUUUGGAAUUUUAUCUUUUGUUAAUACCCUUAUUAGGCCAGAAUAAGAAUAUAUUUAAUCAAGACAUAAAAAUAUUUGAUCAAAAUUAUGAAAUAAAAAAUAUUUUUCAAAAAUAGUAGUGGUGCGUUAAUUUUGCUGGCCAGUGUAUUGUGAUUGAAUCAGUUAUCAAUAAAUGUAAAUUUUCUAAGGCAAACCUUGAAUGGUCUAGAUUCUAGUAGGCAUUGUAUAGAAAUUUUAUUGAAUGGAAGCAUAUAAAUUAGUUGUUUGUAUAUUCCUGAAGGAUAUAACUUAAUUUUAGAUAGUGAUGUUUGCUAAUAAAUGAUAAAUUUUAUCUAUGGUAAGACUUUAUACAUCAUUUAUUUAAGGAAAUCUAAGUUUCAUUAUAGGUUUCAUUUUUAUUUUUUAUGUAUUAAUAAACCAUUUUGCAUAUACUUUAUGCAUUCUAGGUGAAUUAAAAAUCCAGAAUGUUAUGGUAAUUCACCAACAUUACCUCACUAGUGAUAUACUAACUUUAUAUUAUUUAAUUCACUUGUUUUUGUGUAAGUUGGUAGCAAGUCUCAAAAUUUUUGUUAAAAAAAAACACAUUUCUAAUAUAUUAAAUUAUAAAAAUUUAUAAUUUGCAAUAAUUUUUCAGUAAACUUCUGUCACCACCAUCGAUUUAUCGGAUUGUAUAGGAAAAGCAACAGUAGUAAACUAAUAACCUAAACUAAUUCAGUAAGUUGUGAUAUUUUAUAGAUGGACAUCCUGUACUUCAUUGGUGAUGAGAAACUGAAUUGUAAUAAGAAAAAUUCAAAAUUGUAUUCAAAAGGUUAUAGAUUAAAUGUUGUGCAUUACAUGUGUGCUUGAAGAUGUUGUUGUAGAUAUUUCGCCCAAUUGAAUAUAAUAAUGAUAUUAGUCAUUAUAAUGUUUAUUGUAAAUAUUACAAAACAUUUUGGUCUGAAUAUAAUAUAU